AUGUCUCUAGUACAAUAUUCUGAUUCAGAAUCUGACUCAGAAUCUACAGCUUCUCUCCCCCCAGCCAAAAAACCUCGCCACAACAUCAAUCCAGCGUCAUCACUGCCGCCCCUACCUGCAUCAUUCCACAACCUCUAUGCCUCGAGCACACGUGUGAGCGUGCAAGAUGACCCCAGCCUUCAUGGCGGCCGCACGCGCGUGAUUCCCCACGUGGAAGGAAACUGGCCAACACAUCUUUAUCUCGAAUGGUACCCGAGGAAAGACGAGCUAUCGCUCCUUUCAGAUGUCAUCUCUCAGUGUGGGAAUGUGUCAGAUGGGAAAGUGCCAGAUGAGAAAUCGCCCACGGUCCACAGUCUUCUUCAUAGCGAUCUCGGUGCCCAGUUACCACUCCAUAUCAGCCUAUCUCGGCCGGUGAUUCUUCGCACCGAGCAGCGUGUCUUGUUCACCGAGGCGCUUCAAAAGGCUAUUCACGACUCACAUAUUUCAUCAUUUAACGUCCAACCGGAUACUUUGUAUUGGUCAUCUAACUAUGAAAAAACACGCUGGUUUCUUGUCUUAGGCGUGCAGAGACCAAGCCGUGAUGGUCUGAAUCGCCUCUUGAAGCUAUCAAAUAAUACUCUUGCUCGGUUUGGUCAGCCACCACUCUAUGCAACAGCCUCGACAAAAGGGAAGGCGAGCAGCGUAUCUGUCCGCGAUAAGAACAGCAGUUUGAGCGACGAGGAUUUCUCGGGGUGCUUCCAUAUCUCACUUGCUUGGAGGCUGUCAGAGCCUAGUCUCAAGGAACGUGAACGGGUUGCUGGGGUAGAUCUGCGCGCUUUGAGGGGAAUUGAGGUUGGAUUCGAUAGCGUCAAAGCAAAGAUUGGGAACAUUGUCAGUAGUAUACCAUUAGGAAAAAGCUCAUAA